UUUUCUGCGAUCUCCAUUUUUUUUCUUCUAAUUUUAUUAUUUAUCUUGACUCUUUUGGAUCGGUCGAUUGCCUAAUCGAUAGGUCCUUUGAUCUCCUCAAUCUCUUUGAAGGAAUCCUAAUUUUGGAACAAAUGGCAAGUGGGUAUGGGGAACCAGCGAGCCAUUCGCCCCAGAAUCCAUCUUGCUCUAGCAACAAUGCUAAUGGUGAUGCUGGUAAUUUUGAGUGCAAUAUCUGCUUUGACUUAGCACAAGACCCCAUUGUCACUUUAUGUGGUCAUCUUUUCUGCUGGCCUUGCCUUUACAAAUGGCUUCAUGUUCAUUCCCGUUCUCACGAAUGUCCUGUUUGUAAGGCCCUUGUUGAGGAAGAAAAAUUGGUCCCUUUGUAUGGAAGGGGAAAAUCAUCUACCGAUCCUAGGUCGAAAUCUAUCCCGGGUGUUAAUAUUCCGAAUCGUCCAGCUGGACAGAGACCUGAAACGGCUCCUCCACCUGAUCCAAAUCAGUUUCCCCAAAAUGGGUUCGGGUUCAUGGGAGGCUUGGGAGGCUUUGGAGGCUUUGCACCAGUGACAACAGCGAGGUUUGGGAAUUUUACACUAUCUGCUGCUUUUGGUGGACUUCUCCCGUCGCUGUUUAAUCUUCAGGGCCAUGGAUUUCCUGAAGCGGCCAUGUUUGGUCCAGCUGCUGGGUUUCAACAUUCAUAUCAUGGUGGCCAUGCUCAUGGAUAUCACCAUCACCACCACCACCACCACCACCAUCGUACCGCACAAGGCCAGCAGGAUCAUUAUCUGAAGAUGCUGUUUUUGGUUAUCUUUGUGUGUGUUAUCUUUGCAAUGAUUUAUCAAUAGGUCAAAUCUGCUAUCAAAGCAUGAAUUGCUGACAUAUUUUAGGAUUGUCAGUCCGAUAUCUUGUGUAAAUCUAUCAAAUGCAUUUUCGUUUUUGUU